UGUUGUUGAAAACUACUGUUGUCCUCAGUAUCAUAUGCGCCAUGAGGUAACCGCAUCUAACGUAAACAUCAAGCAUCGUCUUGUUUGUGAUGCAUUUACCGAUGACUCAUCAAUUGCAUAUACAUUUCAAGAUAACACACAAUACACGUGUAACACUAUUUCGUAUCCCUUGUGUACUUACGAGUGUAUUUCUUCAUGUUUCGUUAAGUUUUCGAUGGUACUUUACGUUAUGAUGCUAUCGCAUUGACAUCAUAAUAGGAGUGUCAGUGGGCUGGGAACGGGUGCGGCAGGGCGCAGCUAGGGGAAUGUUGUGUUCUUGCCAGACGUGUGAUAAUCCGGCCGGCACUAAAAUAGUUUACGUGUUACUCCUAACGAUAUUUUAAUGGUUCCUGGUUGAUGGUACUGUCACCUCUCUUCAAUAGAAAUAGAUAAGUUUGCUCCGACUCGGGUAAUGCCAGCGCACAUAAGAAAACGGUACAAAACAGAAAGCCCUCAAAAAACGUAUAUAAAAGAGAACAAAACACACAGAACUUUAUAAAGUUAUCAAUUUUGGAUAUAUUCCUUGACAAGCCAAGUCAAGUCGGGCGUCAUGGUCUGAGAGUCAAAUCUAACUCAACCGCACCAGAAACAUUUACUCCUAACAAGCCCUCAACCUACCCUAAGUCAUCCAACUCAUCUUUCAUCCUAUGGUUAUCCUAUGGUUAGCAAGCGAAGAGAGCCAGUAGUUACUGCGGAAGAUGGUAGCUAGGCUAAAUUCAAACAUUGUGCAAGAACACAACCAUUUAUCUGUAGAGUAGAAUAGAGUAGAUGUCUUCGGUUGAGUAGGAGAAUAAAGGGCUGCAUUUUUGACUGACAAAUAAUAAUGAUGGAGUACUAAUAUUCUUGUCCCUUGAAAUUUGUUAAUGCAAAACCUUGUGCUCUUCAGUAUUGUUAGGAGUCAGCAACAGAGGUGCCGUUUAUUUCUCUGCUAAAAGAUCCUAUCUAACAGUGUUAUGUAUUGAACAAUUUUGCAACAUCUAGCCAGUUUAAUGUCCUGUAUUGUUGGCUAUUAAUAUUCAUUUGCUCUGCUGCUUCAAUGUGUUCACAGGUCCCAAAGCACCUAAGGAGAUGAAUGCGUACCAUGAACUCCUGGUGGACGAGAUGAAAACCCUAAUGGAUGGCAUCACUGUGUGGGAUGCUCACAAGAAAGAGUAUUUCACCCUCAACGCCGACAUCCUGGCCUACAUAUUUGAUUGGCCAGCCCGAUCAAAGUGCACUUACCAUCAAGGUGCCAGAGCGUUCGCUGCUUGUCCCUUCUGCAAACACAAAUCCGAGUUCUCAAAGGUAUUGAAAGGGGUGUCCUUCGAAGGAAGCAGGCGCUGGCUGCCCAAAGACGACAAUCUUCGGACUGAUGAUCAGGGGUUCCCGGGCAAAAGUGAAGAGCUACGAGGGCCACCAUCUCCACGCACUGACCAGGAGGAAUAUGGGGAAGCCAUGGACAGCUUCAACAAGGAUAUACAUGAGAUGGAGACUGACGGUGGGAGUGGUGAAGAACUAAGGUUACUGAAGGCAGGCCAAAAGUCAGUUUUGUCAGAAAGCGGCAAGACAGGCAGAGAGAUCCUUUUAGACAUUCCAACAUACGACAUCAGCCGAUGUCAAAUUGAUUGGAUGCAUACCCACAAGAACAUCAGUCAGAACACUUUUGGGGUUGUCACGGGAUCAAAGAGCAAUUUCGACUCAAUGGUGAAGAUGGAGGAGGAAUUGGGACGCUUCAAUUGCAGCAACACUGUGGCAAGCACAAGUCAGCCUGCAAAGAGAGCGAAGAAAGUGAUUCAAGUCUUCCAGCUCAGCGAUCAGCAAAAGACAGAGGCUGACAGACGUCUUGUCACCAUCAAAGUGCCACUUGGAUACGACUUCAAAGUCCGCCCUCUCUUCCACAAGCAGAUGGGAAUGAAGUCGAUUGAAUGGAUUAAGCUCUUCUCCGGUGAUCUCAUGAAAUUUUGCAUGAGGGACAUGCUACCAACUAAACAGAGGGAGACAAUGUUCAGGCUGUGUAGCACACUGCAGCGCUUAGGGGCCCCAGUACAAGACAUGGACAAGCUUCCAGAGCUGGACCUGGAAGUUCACAUCACGUUCAGUCUUCUGGAGAGGGACUAUCCACUGGCCAUGAAGACAUUGAUGUUCCACCUGCCUCACCACAUGGUUAAGAUCAUCGCCGAAUUCGGCCCGAUGACUGCAUACUGGAUGAUGCCAUUCGAGAGGUUCAUGGGCUCUUUCAUGAGGAUGAUGACAAACAGAAAAUAUCCGACAAGAACUGCUGCUGAGGCGUACAAGAUCAGGCUUUUUUGCAAAAUGAUGGAAUUUGCUGAGUUGAUGCCAGAAACCACAGACCCUGUCGAAACUUCACACAGCCACAGUGGCCUGGAAGAUGAAGAGGAGGAGGAGGAGGGAAGUGAAGAAGAGGAGGAUGCAGAGCUUACAGCAACCUUCAUACUAGGUACUAGUACAUUAGCACACCUAAAGGGAAGCUCAACUCAGAUGCAUAUUGACACAAAGUCACGCAUGUAUACGGACUUGUAUAGUCAUUUAGAAGACAUAGUAUGUGAACCCAUGACCAAUCCAGGGGAUGUCCUAGUAGUUCCAAAAUACUUCGCAGCUUCCAAACGACACCUCCAUACACACCGACUACAUGAGUAUCGGUGUGAGGAGAGUGAGACUAGGAGACACACCAAAAGUAUCUCCUCUGUGGUGGCCACGCUAUAUGGAGAUGCUGUGGUCUUUGGCAGAAUUCAGUUUUUCAUUUUGAUCAAAAACUGCGAGAUUGCCUACAUGAAAUGGUAUGGGAUUGGCCAGAAAGAUGAGAAAACAGGUCUCUGGCAAGUCAGUACCUCAGAGGAUGGAAGCUUUCUGAAUCCUUUCGAAUCUGUCUCUAACAUCAGUAAGCCUUUCCCACAUGCUGUGGAAGGAGACAUGCUGUAUAUCCUCGACUGCCAGGAGUUUGACCUGUCAGGACUGGCUGAACUGACCAAUUAGGUCAGUGUUUGAAAUCUUGAAAUCAUUUCAAUUCUCUGGAUGUAGUUCGUCAAAAUGUUCCAAAAUCCCGCCAAAGCUUUAGUGACGGUCGGUUAAGACUUCAGGUUUGAAAUGUAGGUAUUGUUUGUGUCGCAUAUUGGAAAGUUACUACGGUGGGCCAUUUCCUAUACUGUUGAGUUUGCAACCAGGUUGGAUCACUGUGCAAGUUACUGUACAAGCCAUUGUGCAUUUUUAAUGUAAACAAAUGUAACUAAGGAUUUACAUUUAUGUUUGCCCUGUUGUAACUACAGUUGUAAGUGACAAACUAUGAUGUAUAAUAAACUAUACACUUGCUUUUUUGUAAAGAACAUUAACUUUGUAGUCUAAAAUCCAACAUUGUGGUUCUAGUCUUGACCGAAUAUCCCUUCCUCCCAAAGGC